GUGUUGCAUUAUUCGGGGGAGCAGUUGGGAGGAGAUACCUCGCUAGCAGUGGACGCCAUUGACCUCGAUCCAUCGCCUCAUGUGCGCACGCCCACCCCUAUAUACCCACACACUACACACUGCGCUGCCUCCAUCACCCAACCCCCAAACACCUCACUGUUUCUUCCUCCUCCUCCUCCUUGAUCACCUCCACUGCAUCCAUUCUUGCAUCCAUCUAGCUCCAGCUACUAGUGUUCUUGUUCUUGUUCUUCUUGUUCUUGAUGUGCAUUGAUCUUUCUAUUCCAUCGUAGCGAGAGAGAUCGAGCUGGGCACCAUUUCUCCCCUCCAUAUCCCUUAGCCAAACCUCGAGAAAAGCCUGUGAAGUAUGUAAGAACACACCAGUUUGUUUCAUCCAAACCCAACCUCAGAAAAAAGCACAAAAAAAAGCCAGUUUUUUUCCAGGUCCCAAAGGCAGCUAGCAGAAACUAGCUAAGGGUUGUUUAGGCUGGAUAUUAUUCCCCCACUAAUUCCUUAGCAAAAAAUCUGCAAAAACCUCUAGAUCAUGUAAUUUUCGGCAUAAUCUUUCUACAUCCCCAGCUGAAGGAAAAAAAAACCCAAAAAAAUAUAGGGCCAAGAAUCGAUUCCAGCAUGCAUCGUUAGUAGCCAUCGUCUCAGUCGCAGUCCGGGAGUAAUUCUCGAGCCAAUCCUGCCAUUGCUGUAGCAUUGCCUCUGCAAAAGCCAUCAAAUCAUGUGAUUAAUUAGCAGCUAAUAUCCAUCCUAUUUCUACCUUCUUCACAACUCGUCUGAGAAACAAACAAAAAAAAAACCCAAAAAAAAAGAGAGAGAGGGAGUUCGCUCAUGGAGAUGGCGGCGGGAGGGGCGUCGCCGGUGAACGGGGCGGCGUCGGCGCCGGCGACGCCGGGGACGCCGGCACCGCUGUUCUCGGGGCCGCGGGUGGACUCGCUGUCGUACGACCGCAAGUCGAUGCCGCGGUGCAAGUGCCUGCCGGUGGAGGCCUGGGCGCCGUCGGCGCACGGCUGCGUCGUCGAGAUCCCGGCGCCGGACGUCUCGCUCACCCGCAAGCUUGGAGCGGAGUUCGUCGGCACGUUCAUCCUCAUCUUCUUCGCGACGGCGGCGCCGAUCGUGAACCAAAAGUACGGCGGCGCGAUCUCACCGUUCGGGAACGCGGCGUGCGCGGGGCUGGCCGUGAUGAUCAUCAUCCUGUCGACGGGCCACAUCUCCGGCGCGCACCUCAACCCGUCGCUGACCAUCGCCUUCGCGGUGCUCCGCCACUUCCCAUGGCUGCAGGUCCCGGCGUACAUCGCCGUCCAGGUGCUCGCCUCCAUCUGCGCCGGCUUCGCCCUCAAGGGCGUCUUCCACCCCUUCCUCUCCGGCGGCGUCACCGUCCCCGACGUCACCAUCUCCACCGCCCAGGCCUUCUUCACCGAGUUCAUCAUCACCUUCAACCUCCUCUUCGUCGUCACCGCCGUCGCCACCGACACCCGCGCCGUCGGCGAGCUCGCCGGCAUCGCCGUCGGCGCCACCGUCACCCUCAACAUCCUCAUCGCCGGGCCGACGACGGGAGGGUCGAUGAACCCGGUGAGGACUCUGGGCCCGGCGGUGGCGGCCGGGAACUACCGCCAGCUGUGGAUAUACCUCAUCGCGCCGACGCUGGGCGCCAUCGCCGGCGCCGGAGUGUACACGGCGGUGAAGCUCCGCGACGAGAACGGCGACACCCCGCGCCCGCAGCGCAGCUUCCGCCGCUGAUCAACGCACACGUACGGUACGUACACGUGUGUGCGUCAUCCUGAAACCUGAAAAAUUUUAUACAAAUAUAAAUACUACGAAGUUAAUUACUGCGUAGUUAACCUGAACAAAAUCCAUGGCUGCCAAAAUUAAUCAAACCGGUCGUGCCAUCAUCGUCGGGCCUUGUUUGAUAUUGGGCCUGGAUGGGCCGGGCUUGAGGCCCAUUAGAAAUGAGGCCCUUGGGCAUGUAAUAAUAAUAAUUUGUAAUAAUAAACCCCGUUUUGCUUCGUCCAGAACGGUAGUAGGAGUGUACUCGUGGUUCAUGUUUGUGUGGUAUGGUCGUGUGUGAGUCAGAAUAAAAGGCACACCGUCGCGCCGGGUAACGGGCGUCUGCUUGUGCGUGUGGUUGUUGUAAGACUUGAUUGUCCCUGCGUGACAGGCAUUGUAUUUUCGUGUUCCACUGUUGAUAUAAUCGAGAAAAUUUGCUCCAAUAAGUGUCACU